UGAAGGAGUGAGUGGCGGCAACAGUGUACAGUGGCAAGGGUGAUGGGAGGGCGCGAGGCGUCCACCACCUCAUAGUGUUUAUUUGGCAAGGAAAUAACACCUGUGCAUACGCAAGCAUUAUACUGGAAAAAGAGGUCGACGCGCCGUAAUAGUUCUAGCCAGUGUGUUUUGUGAAAAUGAGUCUACAGUAUUCAGCAUUGAGUUGUUGAGAAAAUAUAACUACUCUACAGGUUAUUUCAGAUAUAUCACCAUGGAAGCAGGUGCAAAACAUGACUUCAAUGCGACUGCUGAGGAUGAACUCAGUUUUAGAAAAGGGCAGAUUUUAAAGGUGCUGAAUAUGGAAGAUGACAUGAACUGGUAUAGAGCAGAAUUAGAUGGCAAAGAUGGACUCAUCCCUAGCAACUAUAUUGAAAUGAGAAGUCAUGAGUGGUAUUAUGGCAGGAUAACAAGAGCUGAUGCAGAAAAACUCUUACAUAAUAAGCAUGAAGGAGCAUUUCUUAUAAGAGUCAGUGAAAGUUCUCCAGGAGAUUUUUCUCUCUCAGUCAAAUGUGGUGAUGGUGUUCAACACUUUAAGGUCCUAAGAGAUGCACAAGGAAAGUUUUUCCUCUGGGUUGUAAAAUUCAACUCCUUAAACGAACUGGUCGAAUACCAUCGAUCUGCCUCUGUGUCCCGCUCACAUGACAUCAAGCUCAAAGACAUGACUCCUGAAGAGUUUUUAGUGCAGGCACUGUAUGACUUCACUCCUCAAGAACACGGAGAAUUAGAAUUCAAGCGAGGAGAUGUCAUCACUGUAACAGAUCGAUCAGACCAACACUGGUGGACUGGUGAAAUGGGGAAUCGAAAGGGUCUUUUUCCUGCUACUUAUGUUGCACCUUAUCAUACAUAGGUAAAUGCCCCCUUCAUCUCCUAACUCUUAAAUUUUAUCUUCAGCCUUUUUCAGUCGUGUGUCCCUUGUUCAUUAAGGAUGUUCUACCUAGUUUGGUCAGAUUAUUCUAGACUGUAUCUAGAGAGACUGAAUGGGAUUUUAAAAGAACAGGCUCUCAUGGUCAGGGAACCCACUGCUCGAGUAGCAAGAGACUGAGAAAGGUGAUAGAUGGCAAGCCACUAAUAGUACAUUCAUGGUACUCUUUCCUGUGGCAUUCAUCUCAGUAUUUCCUGAGAUAAUUUUGAAGUGGUUCUCUUACUGUUAAGUAAAGCCAACCAUAUGUUUUGUUACAUUAUUGGUGCCAUUUCAUACUUUUCAUUCUUCGCAGUGUUUUACCAGGAGAUGUUCUUCAAAAAGUGUCUUAUUCUUGCCACAAGCUCACAAUUCAAUGCAGACUUUUGUAAUUGUCUUUGGGUUGGAGUAAGAGGGUAUGUGUUGCAGUUUGCAUUGUAUACCUAUGAAACAUCAACUGGUUUUUGAAAUUCACAAACUGUUCACUCUUCUUUUACUAUUAACAUAUUAACUUGAAAUAUUGGAAAGAAAUGCAUAUAUGUUUGUUAGCCUGUUUAGCCCUAGAAAUUAUGGUUAAGCAGAGAAGGCUCUCAUUACCUGAAUCUAAGAAUCUAAGUAAUCAAAGUGAAUUUUCUUAUUGAUUUUGCACAAUGUGUUCUUGAAUUCAGGUGAAGUUGGUCAUCCUUCUAGAGAAAAAUUAACAAUGAAUUUGAAUUCCUCCAAACUGUGGCAAUCACAAUUUUUAUACUGAUGAAUUCUGAUGAGUACAGUAUAUAGAAUGCAAAUAUGUGUAUAUGUACAGAUGAAACUCCAAACAAUUGGUUUCUUACUGGAUGUGAGUUGAAAUGGUGGAGUGCAAGAGUAACUCAGCAGGGGAGGUAGAGGUUGUGAGGCUUUUAUUACUUCCUUUCCUCUAUUUUUAAUACUUAGCUAAAUAAAUUACUUUAAACCAAAUGCUUAUUGUUGAUAACACAAUCUGUUUCAUGUCGAUAAAGUAGUUGUAUAAUUUGAAGUAUGAAAUUUGUAUUACUUAACUACAUACAUACAUUUGGUGAAGUAGAUAUCUGCUGAAGCCAUUCUUCCACAUUUAAGUAAAUGACACGAGGCUAUUUUGCUUAGAGAUUUUGGGGGCAGUGUUUCAAAGUAUGCUCAGCAGUAAGUUGAUGUAGAAAUGCAGUUCAGAAAACAUUUUGUUCAACAUGAAUUUUUAUUUUUAUUUUUAUUAUUAUUUUAUUUUUUUCAAUAACCAUAAAUGGUAUCAUAUCUUGAUGAGAAGAAAGUAUUAAAAGAAUUACUUUCAGUAAUAUCUGCUGUGCAUGCUUUAGACGUGUCCCAUAGCUCAAAGCACCCAACGUAAAUAGUGUUUGUUCCUAGUACGUUCUUUCAAUGUGUGGAUUGUUUAGCCUAUGUUUAGUAAUGCUGAAUAAUGUACUAUGUUUUUGUUGCAUUGAAAGAUUUUAAUUUUUGCAUAAAAGUUUAAGAUAGCUAUAUAAUUUAUCUUGGGUGCAUAAAUUUAACCCAGGUGUUCAAAACUAUUUUUUGUGACAUAUAUAUAUAUUGAAAAUUACAGUAACCAUUUUACAUAAUAACUAUCCAUGAAACACUUGGAAGAAUAAGAAAAUAAACAUAUAUGUGACUGAAGAGCUUUGGUAAUUUAUUGAUAGAUUUUAUAAUGGACAUGCAUAUGAUAUCAGGUCUAUGAAACUGUACUUGUAAUUAUUAUUUUCCUAAAUUUUAAAUGCACCACUGGUA